CUUUUUCCCAUCUGACGACUUGGACAUCGCACGUCGCAUGCCAUCAGACAAACUUGAGUCGACGGCCGCUGGACGCUUGACUUGGAUGCACUGAUCACCCGCCUUUCCCAUCCGCCCACUAUCGUCCCCACCACUAAAUCCCCCCCAUCCACCUCCUGAUCCUGGCAACUGCCACUACACCGGCCUCGCCGCCCACGCCAACUGCCAACUGGUACCAUCCCGAUCUGCGUCUCACUAAACGACGAACAACAACCCAACCCUCCCCAAUUCCUUCUCGCGCAACAUCGAUCCCGACUAUCGAAAAAUCGUCGUCUCCCAGUCGCGACCUGCCGCAUGCAUUGAGCUAUUGUGUCCGAGUCAAUCCAACGACCUCCGUCACGAGCCCGCAUUCCUUCCCGAGACCCGUCGCUCUCCGUGUGUGCAUUCGCCUCUCUUAUCCGCAAUGCCCGACACCAAACCCGCCGACGCGAACUCGGCCAGCGGCCAACCAGCCAAGGACUCGGUGGCCGAUUCCAGCGACGCCGUCCCCAUGAAGACACUGCCGCAAUCCUCAUCGACAGAGGCCGGUGCCGCCGAUGCCGCUGCCGCACAUACCGCUAAGACGACGACGACGACGACGACGACGACGACGACGACGACGACUUCGUCAAACGACGCACCCGCCGCUGCUGCGUCAACUCACCCUGAAACCAGCAACGAUACUGCUGCUAACGCCGCUGCCACCUCGGCUGUCGGCGAUUUAAUCGAACCAUCCACCAAGGGAAAGGAGAAAGAAUCCGCUCCCCCGCCAGUGGCCAAGAGUCAAGACGACACCAUGGCUAUUGGCCCCUCUGUUGAUGAUGUCCAGUCCGUCAGCAACUCUCCAUCAGAUGGUCCCGUCUGCAACAUCACUCUCCUAUUAACUACCGGUGCACGACAUCCCUAUAAGCUGGAUGAGAAGUACCUGACAAAGAGGAACGUGAACGUUCCUGGGUUGACCGAGGCUGGAAAGAAAGACCCUUUUACUAUCAGCGUCUACACGUUAAAGGAGUUGAUACUGCGGGAGUGGCGUGAGGAAUGGGACCCCAAGCCCGCGAGCCCCAGUAGUAUACGCCUGAUUCAUUUUGGAAAGCUGCUGGAUGAUAAGGACCAGCUGAAGCAAUAUCACUUCAGCGCCGAGGCAGCCAAUGUUGUACACAUGACAGUUCGGCCAGCCGACAUAGUUGAGGAGGAAGAGCCCAAGGGAGGUAAUAAGUCAGCUUCCGGCGGUGGCCGCAACCGAGAAGGUGGCAGUGGAUGCUGCGUCAUCUUAUGAUUGAAACGGCUAGCAUCAGCCUUCUCUCAAGGCGGCUAUCAAUUUUCUUCCCCCAAGAGCGGUCUGAUCUUUUUUCCCUCCUUGCUCGUAUGGCACACACACACAAAGAGAGGGGAGAGAAAGAAAAAAUGAUGUGCAUGGAAGAGGGCCCGGGGAGCAGGACCUGACUGGUUCGGCCUAGGCCCCGAGUGCUCUGCGUGGUACACGAUCCCAAGAGGCGGGGGCUCGGCCCGGGUCAUAUGGCCUUUCGACACUGCAUGCAUUUUCAGAUGUGUCCACAUUGGGUGGACUGGGUGGCCUACGCACAGAAUCUUUCGGGUUGGGUUGUUUCUUAAGGCCACAUUCCUUAUGUCUCGAGUGUCUCUUUCUCUUUAGAGAUGCCCAUCCCCUCCCACAUUCAUCGAGCGUAUUACAAAGAGCGGAGACGAUAAGGGGAAACCAGGAGUACGGCGGCGUAUCAUAGCUUUGUGUAUUUGUUC